AGAGAAGCUAACACCACCUCUCCCAUAUCGAUACUCUAUGUACAGUCUAUAGUCGCAACCUAUAUGGUGGAUCGAGGUUUCACUUGUCCUCCUCUACCUGAUCUUCAGCAGUUGUUGGCACUUCUUCCACCCAAAACCGAUCCGCUGAAUCAAAUUCCGUCGCUGCUGCAAAUAAGCGGACUGCUUUAUUACCUGCUCUCCGGGGAGAGAAGCUUUUCAAUUACAGAUCUUGAAUCUCCUUCAACUAUAAUUUAUUGGAAACCCAUAUCUGCUGCAAAGAUGAUUGCAUGUAAUGCUGCCCUCAUCUCCGCCAUAAAUACUGAGAAGCGAAUGUCAAAGUUUAUUUUAGAAGCCAGAUCUGAAGGGGUUCCCAGUUUAUGGAUGGGGCCUUGGGAGGACUAUGCGAUUCUGAGUUUGCUAGGAGGAAGUCUCGACACUGUGAUAUGAUCAGGGUAACUAAUUCUUCAACUCAAACAAAUUUUCCUUCAUGAAGUGCUUUAUUUCAAGCAUACCAUAAUGCCCAAAUUAUACAAAGUAUUUCUGCAUGUUUUGUGGAUGUAUGGUUCUUGAAUAACCAGUUUAGCCAGUCGAGUACGUUUUCUGCAUUUAGUUGAAUUGGCCACUAGUAAUGUAGCAUAGGCCAUAGCAGACGAGCUAGGUGGCAGUCCCGUAUAAUGUGUAGGCCGGACUCCGGCACAUGAGUACAUUUCGGGCAGCUGGGGUCUUAAGUUAUGCGUCUAUAGUGCAGGUUCUCUAUUGUUGGGAUAAAAUUGUUGCUGUUCUCCAAACUUGUAACUUGAUUUUCCUUUGACAAGCACUAGCGAAAAUGUAAUUAAACAGGGCUUUGGUUGAAUUUUGGAUUUGAUUUUGAUUUAAUAGUAACCUGUAUUCACUGUGUA